CAGAUCUACGGCACUAUAUAUUAAAAAGGAGAAAAAUAAAUAAAAUAAAAUACAAAAACCCUCCUUUCUUCACAUUUUCUCUCUCCUAAAAUCCUCAUUAUUUUUCUCUCUCUUUCUCUUGGUAAUCUGUCGAUUCUGGAUGCAAAAUUGAGGGUUUCACUCCUCAGAUCUGAAGCGAGGAAGAUUUUGUGUUAUUGAGUGAUGUUGACGAAGUUUGAGACAAAGAGUAACAGGGUUAAGGGACUCAGUUUCCAUACUAAGAGGCCAUGGAUCUUGGCGAGUCUUCACAGUGGUGUGAUCCAGCUAUGGGAUUACAGAAUGGGUACACUUAUUGAUCGAUUUGAUGAGCAUGAUGGCCCUGUUCGUGGUGUUCAUUUCCAUAAAUCUCAGCCACUGUUUGUGUCAGGAGGUGAUGAUUACAAGAUUAAAGUUUGGAACUAUAAACUUCACAGGUGUCUAUUUACACUACUGGGGCACCUUGAUUACAUUCGUACGGUGCAGUUUCACCAUGAAAACCCAUGGAUUGUGAGUGCCAGUGAUGACCAGACUAUUCGCAUAUGGAACUGGCAGUCACGGACAUGUAUCUCUGUCUUGACAGGACACAAUCAUUAUGUUAUGUGUGCCACAUUUCAUCCUAAAGAAGACCUUGUUGUGUCAGCUUCCCUUGACCAGACUGUCCGCGUCUGGGAUAUCGGGGCACUAAAAAAGAAAAGUGCGUCUCCUGCCGAUGAUUUGUUGCGGUUAAGUCAGAUGAAUACUGAUCUUUUUGGUGGUGUUGAUGCUGUGGUCAAGUAUGUCUUGGAAGGUCAUGACAGGGGGGUUAACUGGGCUUCAUUUCAUCCUACUCUUCCCUUGAUUGUGUCUGGAGCUGAUGACCGCCAAGUGAAAUUGUGGCGUAUGAAUGAUACCAAAGCUUGGGAGGUGGACACAUUGAGAGGACACAUGAACAAUGUCUCCUGUGUUAUGUUCCAUGCCAAACAGGAUAUUAUUGUUUCAAACUCAGAAGACAAAAGUAUUCGUGUCUGGGAUGUAACAAAGCGGACCGGCAUUCAGACAUUUCGUAGGGAGCAAGAUAGAUUUUGGAUUCUUGCAGCUCAUCCUGAGAUGAAUCUCUUAGCUGCUGGUCAUGAUAGUGGGAUGAUUGUCUUCAAAUUGGAGAGAGAGCGUCCUGCAUUUUAUGUGAGUGGUGACGCGAUGUUUUAUGCAAAAGAUCGUUUCUUGCGGUUUUACGAAUUUUCAACACAACGAGAUAGUCAAGUUAUCCCUAUUCGCCGGCCUGGCACUGCAAGCUUGAAUCAGGGUCCUCGGACUCUUUCCUAUAGUCCUACAGAGAAUGCUGUCCUUGUAUGUUCUGAUGUUGACGGUGGGUCUUAUGAGCUCUAUGUUGUACCUAAAGAUUCGUUUGGCAGGGGUGAUAUGGCACAAGAGGCAAAAAGAGGUGUUGGAGGAUCUGCUGUUUUCAUUGCUCGUAACAAGUUUGCAGUGCUUGACAAGAGCAGCAACCAAGUCCUGGUAAAAAAUCUGAAGAAUGAGACUGGGAAAAAGAGUGUCCUCCCUAUUGCCACUGAUGCAAUAUUCUAUGCUGGUACGGGUAACUUGCUCUGUAGGGCAGAGGAUAAGGUUGUUAUAUUUGACCUUCAACAAAGGAGUGUUCUUGGUGAGCUUCAAACCCCUUUUGUGAAGUAUGUUGUCUGGUCAAAUGACAUGGAGAGUGUUGCUUUGUUGAGCAAACACGCUAUUGUGAUCGCAAGUAAAAAGCUUGUCCACCAGUGCACUCUUCAUGAGACAAUUCGAGUUAAAAGUGGAGCCUGGGAUGAUAAUGGAGUCUUCAUCUAUACAACUCUUAAUCACAUCAAGUAUUGUCUUCCUAAUGGAGAUAGUGGCAUUAUUAAAACGCUUGAUGUCCCAAUUUACAUCACCAAGGUUUCUGGGAAUACAAUUUUUUGUUUGGAUCGGGAUGGAAAGAACAAGGCCAUAGUUAUCGAUGCAACAGAGUAUCUUUUCAAGCUAUCUCUGUCGAGGCAGAAGUAUGACCAUGUGAUGAACAUGAUAAGAAGCUCUCAGCUUGUGGGGCAGGCAAUGAUAGCUUAUUUGCAGCAGAAAGGAUUUCCUGAAGUUGCCUUGCAUUUUGUAAAAGAUGAGAGGACCCGUUUCAAUUUAGCUCUGGAGAGUGGAAACAUUCAAAUUGCUGUUGCUUCAGCGAAAGAAAUUGACGAGAAAGAUCACUGGUAUAGACUAGGGGUGGAGGCUCUUCGCCAGGGUAAUGCUGGUAUUGUAGAAUAUGCUUACCAGAGGACCAAAAAUUUUGAGAGGCUGUCUUUUCUUUAUCUAAUGACAGGGAACGUAGAAAAAUUGAACAAAAUGUUGAAAAUUGCUGAGGUAAAGAAUGAUGUGAUGGGUCAGUUUCACAAUGCCCUUUAUUUGGGCAACGUGGAGGAGCGUGUGAAGAUUUUAGAGGAUGCUGGGCAUUUGCCUCUGGCUUACAUCACUGCUUCAGUCCAUGGGCUGCAUGAUGUUGCUGAGAGGCUAGCUACUGAGUUGGGAGAUGAUGUUCCCUCCUUGCCUGAAGGUAAGGUGCCUUGCCUUUUGACACCUCCAGCACCUGUUAUGUGUGCUGGAGAUUGGCCCCUAUUGAGAGUGAAUAAGGGGCGGUUCAGUGAGUUGGACGGUGUGAACAGGGCUGAAGAUGAAGAAGAUAUUGAAGGUGAUGAGUGGAGUAACGAGUUGAAAAUAAAUGAUGAUGGCAAUGUAGAAGAAGGGGAGGCUACGGAACUUUUGAGUGACGGGGAAAUAGCUGACGAAAAUGAGGAACCAGGAUGGGAAGACUUGGAUCUUCCCCCAGAGCUAGAUACUCCAAAAGCUUCUAUGAGUGACCGUAGUUCAGCAAUAUUUGUUGCUCCAACUCCUGGAAUGCCAGUCAGUCAAAUCUGGACCCAAAGGUCAUCUCUUGCUGCUGAGCAUGCAGCUGCUGGAAAUUUCGAUACUGCAAUGAGGUUGCUAAGUCGGCAACUUGGAAUAAAAAAUUUUACUCCUUUGAAACCAAUGUUCCUAGAUCUUCAUUCUGGUAGUCACAGUUAUAUACGUGCGGUUGAAUCUGCUCCUGUUAUUUCUGUGGCUUUGGAAAGGGGUUGGACUGAGUCAGCCAGUCCUAAUGUGAGAAGCCCACCAGCUUUAGUGUAUCAAUUCUCCGAAUUAGAAGAGAAACUGCAUGUUGGUUACAAGUCCACAACCUCUGGUAAAUUUUCGGAUGCCCUUGGGACCUUCUUAGCUAUACUUCAUACAAUUCCUCUGGUAGUUGUAGAGUCCAGAAAAGAAGUUGAUGAUGUUAAGGAGCUGAUUAACAUAGUAAAAGAUUAUGUGUUGGGUCUCAAGAUGGAAACUAAGAGAAGGGAGCUGAAAGACGAUCCAAAACGUCAGCAGGAGCUUGCUGCUUAUUUCACUCAUUGCAAUCUUCAAUCUGUUCAUUUGAAGCUGGCCCUGCAAAAUGCUAUGACCGUAUGCUUCAAGGCAAAGAAUCUUGGCACAGCUUCUAGCUUUGCCAGACGGCUACUUGAGACAAACCCCGGUGCCCAACAGUCCAAGCUUGCCCGACAAGUUGUACAGGCUACGGAGAAGAACAUGAGUAAUGCAGUUGAAUUGGACUAUGACUUUAGAAAUCCUUUUGUAAUAUGUGGGGCCACCUAUGUGCCAAUUUAUCGUGGUCAGAAAGACGUCUCCUGUCCUUACUGUACUGCACGGUUUGUGCCAAGCCAGGAGGGGCAAAUCUGUAAUGUAUGUGAGCUAGCUGUGAUUGGAGCAGAUGCAUCGGGUUUGCUUUGUUCCCCAUCUCAGGUAAGAUGAGCAACAUCACUACUGGAUUGAGAUUAUUUGUAUACAACCCUUUCUGUGUUUCCUCUGUUCUAUGGCAAUGCUCCUGAAUCUACCGGGAAGGUAUGAUAUCCUGAAGAAUCGACUUCUACAGCCUCAUCCAAGGAUAUGGGACAAAGACGGAUGUUCGUAGACUUGCUUUGUCAUGUCAUUUUUUAUGAUUAACUUUCUACCUUUACUUUUAGUGUUUUGUUUUUGGAAUUAAGAUGUAAUAAACUCUGGAAUUUUGAUUUUUGGUCAUUCAUGUUAGAUGUUGAUAGACAGGAAUGGCCAAGAGGCUCUUGUUAAAACUAGAUAUGCUCAUAGCGCUACUAUAGUCUAUAGAUUAGUCGACUUCUCAACAUUCAGGUAUGCAGACAUUUGGAGAUUUUUUUUCCCCACUUAAUUUUGUGAUAAUUUUUUAGGUUAUUUUGUUCCCUGAC